GCUCCUUGACCGCAAAAGAGGGGAAAGGUGAGAAAACAGGAAGCCCCGGACGAACAACGGGUCUCAGUUGAUCUCUCUCUCAGAAAAAGCACGCCUCACAGAGAGAGAGAGAGAGAGAGAGAAAGGGCGAGAAGACAGUGGAAAGUAGAGAGGAUUGUGGAUCGCAGCCCGCCGAAAGGAUCGAGCUACUAGUGAUGUUUUGAUUCCCCAAAUCUCUACAUAGAAUUUUACAGACGUCGAGUUGGAGUCACGGUUCGAGAGAAACGAGCCCUCGAAAUCCGCUCUGGACUGCGGGUGAACAGUUCGCGCCGCCACACUUCUUGACCAGACAUCGGCCACCUCCGGCCACUUUUUUGGCCGACGAACUGUCGACUGUUGUAAUUCGAUUCGAGAUCUUUCCAAUGAUGUAUACAGCUGUAGGCACUUGCUAGUAUGAUAAAUAAGAAGUCAUACAUCUUCAUUUGAGAAGGUUGAUAACCAAGACGACAGGAUGCCACGAGAUGAAGAUAAAGCUUGGAAAUUCGUGGACGAACUGAAGGGCGGAAGAUGGCGUUGUCAUCACUGUACGAAAGAAAGCAGUGGACAGGUUACAAGAGUGAAAUGUCACUUGCUGGGAAUCAAAGGCAAAGGGAUUGGCAUUUGCCCCAAAGUCCCUAAUGAUGUAAGAGAUCAGUUGCUGUCCUUACUAAAGAAUGAGGGAGAUCCAUUGCUGUCCUUACUCAAGGAGGAGGCGUCAUGUAGCGGAGAAGCCAAUCGUCACUCCACUGGCGGGCCGGCCGGAAGAGCAAACUUCACCGAUGCGAUUCAAUUAACCUCUGGUCAACAAUCACUGGGAGAGCAGCAUCAGUUUCAUCAGGGUUCGACUGUGCUGUCAUUCACACAAGAUUCCAACCCACAGGAAGCAAGUGCGGUCGACAUGGCAAACCAUCUAUCACGGGGUGUAUAUACGUCCCAUGGCAUAUUGCCACUGCAACAAGACACUUCAAUGGCUCCUCAACUUCAGAUAAUUUCCCAGUCCAGCAACACUAUAUUUGAUCAAUCAAUUAAUUUCGAGACAGGGGACCAGCAACAGAAUCAAAGAAUGUCAUCUUCAUUACAAAACGAUCAGUUCCUCGCCAACGGUGCAUCAGAUGGGUUGCAGGAGUCGAAUCAACCUGGUGUUUUUGCAACAGAUCCUCUACUCGACGACAUGGCUAUGACUGACAUUUGGCAGGAUUUCAAUCGACCAAACCACACCUUCUGUGGACAAGAUGGAGGUGAAAGCUUGUCAUCUAUACCGAUAUAUUCAACAAGCUGUUUGUUUCUCGAUGAGGAUAUCCAAACUCAUGACAGGACGGAUCCGGCAGAGAUAUCAUCGCUAGGAAAUGAAAAAUCCCUUCAGACGGGUAUGUCAAGUUUUUUGCAGGACUGCUGUGAGCCUUGUGCUUUGGAAGUGGUUAACACUGCCCAGCACUCUAAUCAACCCCAUCCAAGAUGUGAUGGAGAAAGUGGAAUUGAAACCAAUUUGUUUCCUUCGCAAGAUUCGGUGGGAGUAGAUCCCCGGAGUGCAUUGCAGCAUUCUAGUGAUCCACACGUUUCUGAGAAAUCAAAUGUCAAUUUGCAGGGCCCAACGGAUGGAAUAAAUACGGCAGCCCAAUCAAUACCAUCUCUGGAUAUGAACAGAGGCUCACCAAUGUUGAACCAGAUAAGCAUUCGCACCAGCCAUGAGAAGAUGCAAAAUCUAAAAAGAAAAAUUGAACGACUUGAAGGCAGAGGAGCUGACAUAAAGAAGAAGAUGAAGCUAGAAUCUGCCAAGUCAUUGCCUCAGAUGAAGCCGAAGACAAUGGUUACGAAAUGGUUGGAGAAAAUAAAAACAGCAAAAAAUAAAUUCAAAAGCAUUAACGAAGCGAGUGGGGAAAAUAUGCCAUUGAAGGAACAGGUGGAGAGAUUGACAAGAGAAGUGGAAGAGCUUAGAGGAAAAAAAUUUCCACAAACGCUAUUCACUCAUGCAAAACCUGCCAAAAGACCAGCACUAUUAGAACCGGCACUAUCAGAACAUAAGCUAAUAGGUAAGGCAAUUCAGAGGAACAUAGAGUUGAUCUGGGGCUGUCUAAUGGAGAAUCGUGCUUCAAAUUUGGGUAUUUCUGGCAUGGGAGGGGUCGGGAAAACGACAAUAGUGGAGCACAUACGUGAUAGACUCCUGGAAAAUGGGAACUUUGACGCUGUAAUUUUUUGCACUGUGUCCCAAAAUUUUAGCAUUCAUAAGUUGCAGAGUGAUAUUUGGAAGGAACUAAAAGAAAGGGAAAUGGAGGAGGAGUAUGUGAAGAAACGAGCAGCGAAGUUGUCCAAAGACUUAUCAAUGAAGAAGAAUUUUGUACUGAUUCUUGAUGACGUGUGGGAGCAUUUCGAACUCCGGGAUGUGGGAAUUCCCAAUAGAGCUGAUGGAUACAAGCUGGUCUUAACAACUCGAUCUUCUACAGUAUGUGCUCGAAUGGGUUGUAAAGAAAUUGAAAUUAGACCUUUAUGUGAAAAAGAUGCAUGGAACUUAUUUGUGGAGUAUGAUGGGUAUAAAGGGGUACUUGGUAUGGAGAAAAUUGAAAAGGUUGCAAAGGCAAUCGUGGAGAAAUGUGCAGGUUUGCCACUUGCUAUCAUCACAAUGGCAAGAAGCAUGAGGGGGGAGGAGAGAGGACACGUCUGGGAGGACACUUUGGAAAAACUGAAUGACCCCAAAAAGGAUCAUACAGAGAUGGGAGACAGGGUUUUGCCGGUACUUAGACAUAGUUACACACGCCUGUCCCCUCAACUUCAACAAUGUUUCUUACGCUGUGCACUUUAUCCUGAAGAUGCAUCAAUUGGGAAAAUGGAGUUGAUUGAAUUUUUUAUUGAUGAGGGAUUGAUUGAUGAACUGCAUACUAGGGAGAAACAACAUAACAGGGGUCUUACCAUAAUAAGCAGACUUCAAGAUGCUUUCUUGUUGGAAUAUUCUUAUAGGGGGAUCAAGAUGCAUGAUUUGCUCAGAGAUAUGGCGCUACACAUAAUGAGUACAACGUCUAUUGUAAAAGUACGCAUGCCCGAUGAGGAAUGUUGGACAAGUGAUUUAGAGAGAGUUUCUUUGAUGAGUAGAAUCGAAGAAGUUCCUCCAGAUUUGUCACCAAAUUGUCCUAAACUGUCGACUUUGUUAUUAAAAGUUAGCCUUUUGGAGCAUAUCCCGGAUUCUUUCUUCAAGCAACUGCAGGGGCUGAAGGUUCUAAACCUAAGUGGAAGUAAAAUCACAGAACUUCCUAGUUCCAUGUCGGACUUGGUAAACUUGAGAGCUUUAGUUCUUUGUAAGUGUUAUCGAUUGUGCCACAUUCCUUAUUUAGGAAAGUUGAAAUCAUUAAGGAAGUUGGAUGCCUCGGGAUGUAUGAUGCUGGAAGCAGUUGAAGGUUUGCAAAUGUUGGUGAACUUGAGAUACCUUGACCUAUUUGGCACGCGUGUAAAAAAAUUACGGGAAGGAACAUUAAGGAGAUUGGUAAAAUUGCAACAUCUUAAGAUUCAGGGAAGGGUGAAUGCAGAAGAGAUGACUGAGUUGAAGGCACUUGAAUUAUUUGAAUGCUAUUUUGAUACAGUGGACGAGCUCAGCUUGUCUGUGAAAAUCCUUGGGGAGAUUGGCUACAAUGAUUUUCAAAUCAGAGUGGACCAAGUAAGUUCGUUGGUUUAUGUAAAAAUGGCUCAUUAUGAUCCCGAAAAUCGUAUUCGUGAACAUUCACGUACUGUAGAUGUCCAUUACUGCAAUGAUCCUAUUGUGAAUGCGGGAAGAAAUGAUCCUAACUUGAGUGUGGGUAGGCAAAGCAGUUCUAUUUUGAUUCCAGGAGAUGUGCAGCAGUUGAGGGGGAGUAACUGCGGUGGCAUGAAAAAUCUAAUGGAUUUGAGCCCACUUCUAAAACUCGAGCGUCUAGAGAUUAUUGAAUGGGAGAACUUGCAGGUGCUCUGUGGAGCAGCAAAUGAACAAGAAGUAAUCAAUGGGCAUUCCUACUCUCUCUCCUUCCCCCGUCUUAAGGAGCUAAAUAUCCAGAGAUGUCUGAAACUUAAGUAUCUGUUCGGCCACGGGUGUAAAGUCUCCCUUCCAGACCUAACGGCGAUUGUCAUCGAGGGUUGUGAGGAAAUAGAAGGGAUAACUGCAGCGGCAGCUGGUUCACUGCUUCCUGCUUUCCCCAGUCUAGAAGAGAUCAAUGUGAAGUCUUGUGGCAACAUGAAGAGGGUAGUUGAAUAUGAGUGGCUUCUCCAUUUCCCUAAUCUGGAGAAGAUUAAAGUACAGGGAUGCAAGAAGAUGGUCGAGAUAAUAGGACGGCCACCUCCAUGCAUGCCAGUGGAUACGGCCGUUUUGGAUGUGAGCCCACUUCUAAAACUCGAGCUUCUAGAGAUUAUUGAAGGGGAGAACUUGCAGGUGCUCUGUGGAGCAGCAGAUGAACAAGAAGUAAUCAAUGGGCAUUCGUACUCUCUCCUCUUCCCCUUUCUUAAGAAGAUAAAUAUCCAGAGAUGUCUGAAACUUAAGUAUCUGUUCGGCCACAGGUGUAAAGUCUCCCUUCCAGACCUACCGGCGAUUGUCAUCGAGGGUUGUGAGGAAUUAGAAGGGAUAACUGCAGCGGCAGCUGGUUCACUGCUUCCUGCUUUCCUCAGUCUAGAAAAGAUCGAUGUGAAGUCUUGUGGCAACAUGAAGAGGGUAGUUGAAUAUGAGUGGCUUCUCCAUUUCCCUAAUCUGAAGAAGAUUAAAGUACAGGGAUGCAAGAAGAUGGUCGAGAUAAUAGGACGGCCACCUCCAUGCAUGCCAGUGGAUACGGCCGUUUUGGAUGUGAACCCACUUCUAAAACUCGAGCUUCUAGAGAUUAUGGAAGGGGAGAACUUGCAGGUGCUCUGUGGAGCAGCAGAUGAACAAGAAGUAAUCAACGGGCAUUCCUACUCUCUCCUUUUCCCCUGUCUUAAGAAGAUAAAUAUCCAGAGAUGUCUGAAACUUAAGUAUCUGUUCGGCCACGGGUGUAAAGUCUUCCUUCCAGGCCUACGGGCGAUUGUCAUCGAGGGUUGUGAGGAAUUAGAAGGGAUAACUGCAGCGGCAGCUGGUUCACUGCUUCCUGCUUUCCCCAGUCUAGAAGAGGGUUGUGAGGAAAUAGAAGGGAUAACUGCAGUGGCAGCUGGUUCACUGCUUCCUGCUUUCCCCAUUCUAGAAUAUAUUGAUGUGAAGUUUUGUGGCAACAUGAAGAGGGUAGUUGAAUCUGAGUGGCUUCUCCAUUUCCCUAAUCUGAAGGAGAUUAAAGUACGGGAAUGCAAGAAUAUGGUCGAGAUAAUAGGACAGCCACCUCCAUGCAUGCCAGUGGAUACGGCCCUUUUGGUAGCGCAUCUUCAAGUGGAUUGUUGCAACAUACAGAAGUUGCUUCCGCUGGAAUUGUUGCCACAUCUUCGGAAUCUUCAAUGCAUCCAUGUAAAUGACUGCACAGGAAUGGAGGAAAUUGUAAGCAGAGGAAGUGCAAGCACUCCUGAGCACAUCCCCUCCUCCUCUCCAUGUCCAUUUCAUUCUCUCCCACAGUUAAAGCACUUGCUUCUAGAGAACCUACCUGACCUGAAGAGUGUAUGUGAAAGCACCAUAAGUUGCCUUUCAAUAAGAUUGCUUAGUGUUUUGGGUUGUCCAAAACUGGAGAGAAUUUCUCUGCAACUGAAACCAGUUUGUCAUGGCUUGUACAUUCCAAAUAUUGAUUUGGAUCGUAAGAAACUGUGGGAUACACUGGAGUGGGAUGGUCCUGAUCAGGAUCAAUUGGUUCUCAAAUAUUUAAGAGCUUAUAAUGCGUGUAAGAAUCGUGAUCUGAGCCGGCUACAUACAAAAAAUAUGAGAUUUUUCUGUGUAUACCACAAAUAGGGUCUGAUGGAUCAGACCUUCCACCAUUUGAAGAUCUUUGCUGCGUGCCUUCUUUUUCUUGCACUGCUGACCAUCUUUAGGUUCAGUAUCUUCAGCUCUUUUCUUGUUUUCUUCUUCUACUUGCACUGCUGGCCAUCUUUAAAUUCAGUGUAGGAGAGGAAAGAAAAUUAUCUGUUGUGGAAGUAAUGAGUGAAGUCAAGGGACAUAGCCUUCAAUUGUUCCAAUGAAGUGUUGAACUUGGAAAGAUGAUGAUAAAAUUAGACAUUUUGUAUACGAUACUGACUUUAUGUGGGUGAUUGAGUAAUUUUAUAUGUUAAUAUGCUUAAGCACGAGUUCAUCCUGCGGAUCUAGUAAAAAUGUGUCGUUCCAAAAGUAGUUCUUUAACAUUUGACUCGACUCAUAGAACACAUAAUCAAGCAUGGUUAGUGAUGCUUACAGGAGUCCCUGAAUCUUGAGAUGAUUGUGCGUUCCUUUGAUAAAGUGGUUCAGUUCAUCUGAGAACUGGUUUUUGCAGGUAGUUGAUUUGAGUUUCAUUGGAGUGUGUUCCUCUUGUUCAUCACAACUAUUUUUACCAACAUGGCUAACUUGGAAGUCCACUCUGCAUAAGAGUAGUCUCACGAAGAGUUCCAUAGACAAGAUUUGGCAGAUGCUUUUGCAGGACAAGUAUCUCAAAAAGUUGUCAAAUGUAGUUCUCUCGCAUCCGAAAACUGGAGUAUGUUGAGGAGGUUGGUCUCCCUUUUCCCCUCUGAACUGGAGUAUGGUGAUUACUUCGGUGAUGUUACAGGUCGCUGGAUGAGAUCUAGCGGAUGAGCUUACACAGGUUUUGAGGCAAGGUCUCUUGUUUCUACAAGUUAUGUUAAAGUGAGUGCACACUAAUUGGUUGUUCAAAUACUCGGUAGAAAGCUGUCUGAGAUUUGUGGCUUUGGCGGUGAGGAGUAAGUCUGUUUCUGUGGGUAGUGGAUAAGGGGGGCUGGCAAAUCUAUGCCCCAUCGUUGCAAUAAAUAUUAUAGCCUCAAACUGUUGAGGCAUUGUAGGAAACUCCACAGUGAGAGUUGACGGCUAAUUGCUGUUUCUGUGACCCGGAUAUUGUAUUUCUAUCAAGACAAAAUGUGAUAUUAGUUGGAUAGAGACUCUUACAAGACGUAAAUUCCUAUGGAUAAUACACCAGGAGGAUUAGCCGUCA